AUGGCGGCGUCGCCGCUGUCCCUCUCCAUGACGGGGUGCUCGCCGCCGGCUUCCCCAGACUGCGCCACGAACUCCGGUAGUGGCGGCGCGGAGUUCAGGGGAGUAACGGACACUGCCGACUGGCGGCGCGCGGCCUCCUCGGCCUGCUUCUUCGCCGCGUCGGUUGCCUCGGCCUCCGCCAGUUUCUUCAGGGCGGCGGCCUCCGCCUUCUCUGCUUCCGCUUUCUCCAGGCGGGCGGCUUCCUACUCCUCGCGCACUUCCCGCGUGUUCCACUCCGUCGCCUCCCGGAGGUCAGCGGCCGGAUUGAUCCGCCGAGUGGUGGUGGAAGUCUCCGCCGACCCCAUGAUGGAGGCAGCGGCCGACUUCUCAAGAGAGAGCGGAGCCCUAGAUCAAGGGAAACAAAGCAAAGAAACUCAGACAAGAUCAGCAAGGAAGGAGAAAGGCCCGUCCAACGCCGCCGCUGGCCCGAGCGCUCGGCUCCCGCGCGCCUCCCCUGAGCGCCCGCUCCGCCGCCCCUUUGCCGGACCGCGCCCCGCCGGCGCCUCCCCGCCGCCCGGCGUGCUGCGCCUGCUCCUCCCGCCGGCGCGACCGGAGCCGCCGCGCCCUCCGCCCGUGGCCGCGCGCCUCCGCCGGCGCCCUGCCAGCCGACCCUCGCCGCGCCCCGCGCCGUCGCCGCGCCGCCCGGCCUUCCCCGCCGGCGGAUCUCCUCCGUCGCCGGCGUCCAAGCUCGCCGGCGCUGCCUCCUCGCCGGGUCGCGUCGGGGUGGAUGAGAUCCACCCAUCCCCCGAUCCAAACGCGCCCAUGUCCGCACCGGAUCUGAUCGUCCCGGGAUCACACCGUCCAGUUUCGGAGGGUAUAUUUUCUUCUAAGUCCCCGAAAUCCCUUUAUUCUGGUGCCCUGUUCAACGUGCCGUAA